GUUUCUCUUGUUCCGCUAGCUUGUGCAUGUGUAUUCUAUUUUCUGUUUCGUGUGGAAAGCUUUGAUAAUUAUGUUUUAUUAGUAGCACCAGCCCAAUGUAGCAAGAAUUCUAAACACGCGCCGCGAAACGUGAUUGGCUGGCAAAAUGGCAGGUCCGAUAUGGGCAUGCGUAAUUUGACGGGAAACUGCACGUGUCAAAAGAAUAUAAAAACAACAAAGCUUCCUUCUUGGUCUUAGAGAUAUUGUGUCAUUAACAGGGAGGUAUCCUUUAUGUUUUUCUAUUUAUCUAUAGCUUUUAUGUCGACCGCAGUCAUUUGGGUCUCUUCGUAACCGUGGUCCGUUGAGAAUAGGAUGCCAUCAAGCAUGUUGGACUCAAAUUUUUGCCCGCCUAAGGCGAAAAAAUUGGCCCAUAGUUGCCGAAACGCCAGUUCUGCCAGGUUUACGUACUGUGUACCGCCUUUACAUAGAUUAUCGACAAACACAAGGAUAUUUCAACCCGAAGAGAUGGAGUCCCGGAUUAUUUUGCCACCAUCGUUGUUGACUCAUUUAAGCGAAGAGGUUCUAGUUCUUAUUUUAGAAUAUUUGGACUUCAGGAGUCUUGUAAUGAUGGGCAAGACUUGUCGUCUAUUUCACCGACUCUGCCUCUCAGAUCUCAUAUGGCGUCAUCGAUGUAGGGUGAGUUGUGUUUAUGGAUCAUUUUGUUAGUUUGGACGAAGCGACUCAUUGUUGUUUUGGAUUAGGUCGUUUCUUUAUGAGUGUCAGAGCAAUUCUGGCUGUUUCGUUUCUUCGUCUUUGUUCGGUGUAAAGAGAAUGCCACCCCAAAACAUCGUCCCUCGCAGCCGAGAAAACUACAAGCAAACCCGUCACCGCGACCAAACAACCGCGGAAAAUCUUUGUUUGGGAAUGUAAACUUCGAGGCGCUCCGUUCGUUAUUCUUUACAAACUUACUCAGAGCUUGCUUGGUUAUCAUUUUGGAGUGGCGUUGUCUUUUUUUAUUGCCUUCCUCGUCCCUGAUGAUGUAGAAAAGCAUUUUCUGUUUCCCAUUUCCGAUUUCCGAAUGCCAUGUGGUAGUUAUACCCGUUCGGGCAGAGUAUUUGGUAGAAAUUCGGUUUUCUUCGCCCGAAUUGAAUCGAAUUGGUCCAGAGAAGUAUGAGCAAAUAGGCAAUAUUUCUAUUUUGGGUUUAAGCUUCUCGAAAUUUUGAUAUUUCGAAAAAAUUCGUGCGUUACAAGUAGCGAAGAGGGCAAGGCUUUUCAUUAAGGUCUAAUAUAUAAUUCAAGAUAUGAAAGCUGGCAAGAAAUUCGAGAUGUAUUUCCCAGCGAUAUUAUUCUGUGAAACGUUGAGGAGAAAAGAGCGAAAGGAUUUGUGUUAUGAUGGAGCGAAAAAGAUUCUUUGAGCGAUCGAGCGUGUUUGCUCCAUUCAGCGCCUAGCGUAUCCGGGUUGCAAGGAAAGAGGGUGUAUGUCGGCGUGCCUCAUUUCAUGUGAAGUUGGAGGGUUAUUGAAAUGGUAAUGAAGAGAUCGAUUUCAGUGAACCCAAGUGGUCGGUGUUGAAUAGAGGGCUUGUGUUGAAUACUGUGACAGAAUACUUUGCCUUCUUGUGAUACUUUCUUUAUUACCUACAUCAUUUUAUGCUAUAUAUGAAGUCGCUAAUGCCUUUCUCCCGUUUCAACUCUCCUCGCUUUCGCUCUCAAGAGGAGACCGGGCAUCUCUGUCUCCUUUGUCAACACCGUGUUGAUUUUGCAUGGUAUAAGAGCUUGUCCAAGUAGUGAAAUAUGCACAGCUUUUUUGAACAAGAGGACAUGAAUAAAUAAAUUGAGGCUUUUGAAAGGAAAUUUACGCGAUAUUAUCUGAACCGGAAUCGAUUGUUUUGUAUUUCUUUGGCCAGGCCUGUGGCAGCUGCACCGUGUUUGGCCACUGAACUACAUUCACUUUAUUUCUCUUAAAAAGGCUCCUGUCUGUCGCUAAUUGCAGGUAUUUUCUCAAGUUCCAAGCGAAGGAGAAAGUAUAGUUGUCAAGCCCACAAGCGGUCUUUCUGUCUAUGUGCUUCAGCUUCGCGUUGAGUCAAAAUUGUUUCUUGUAGCCGGCCACUUCGAUCGUGUAGUGCAGCCGUUUUCAUUUCAUUAGGGGUUUUCCCAAAGGCAAUUAUCGAUUCAUAGCCAUCGCUCUCGCGGUCCGAAAAUUUCAGUUUUUACAGUAAUGGACACAAGGUGUUUAAUUAAUUUUAGAGGAAGCUGUGGGUUUCAUGAAAAAAAAUUAUUGCAACAGCAGUCCCAAUUGGAUUAAAUUGACAUGCCCAAACCUAAUGUAAUGGACAUGUACAUUCUAUACUUUUCAACAGUAAUAUCAUGACUGUCUCCCGGUUUAUAUCACAUUUAUUUUAAGCCGACCAAAAAGAAUCAGUAGCUAUAUAAAGUGUAAGUGUUAUAAUUUUCCAGGAUUUGCAACAAAUUUUUAUUUUCACUAUUUGAAUUAUAUGUAAUCUCUUCAGAACUGCUUUUAAAAGGAGAAUGUGGAACUUUAUCAGAUUUUUUGUCAACCUUUAUUACUUUGUUCCUGAGUGAUGUUCAGUUUUUCGUAAAGCUAAGCAUUCCUACAUUACAGGAUUACCACCACAACAAGGUUCACUUUUAGCAAGACAUUAAUAAUAAUUGCUUGUUCCCAGUUAGCCCAAUAUUCUUGAUUUUGGGCAGAAAAGUUUCUCAUAUAUGUGACAUUCCUUUUUCCUCUGGCGUGGAGAUAAGUUUUGCAAGGUUCAGCAAAAUACUUGAACAUGUUCCUAGUUUAGCCUUCAAUGUAGCUUGACCCGCAAAGUGUAUUUCUCUGUUCUUAAUGGCUUAAAAUUGGGGGAAAUUGUAUUUACUUUAUUUUCAAACGUAUUAGUAAACAUCAAGCUUUUCUUUAAAGUGCAAUUAUAUUUCUAGUUGCACAUUUAGUGUCAAAAUGGUUGUACAGCAAUCCUCAUUGCAUUGAUACCUUGUUCUCGUUUUGACAAACUCUUUCAAAGUUUAAACAUGAAAAAAUCCAGAAUAUUUUCUACCAUGGAAAUUAAAAUCCUCUUAUAUCGCAGAACCCUCAAUUUUAAAUCUGACAGAGGGGUUGGCAAUAUUGGUGCUUUCCCUCCUUUGCCAACGCAAAUACAUAUGCUAGUCCCCUUUGUUGGCGAAAACAACAGAAUAUAAAAUUUUCUAGUUUAAUAUGUUGUUUUGCCCUGUUUCCUUUUUCCUUUAACCCAAUCAGUUUUGCUUAAAAACGUUCUUAACUUUAUUGAAAUUUUCUGAAAACCGAUAAUUAAUGUCUUAAAUUGUGCAUUAACAUGUACUAAACAAAUAUGCCUCCUGUUUUGCCUACAAAUAUUUAGCUGCUUAGUUGACUAUAAAGUAAUUAUGAAACUGUAUUUUCCAUGUUUUGUUUAGGGGUAAUUUAAAACCACUGUGCAGGUUGCCAGUAGGCACACUCUACAACUCUUACAAGUCACCUAACUGGCAAAUGUUCUCUAAAUUAAGUUUCCAACUCGUUUUUAAUAGUAAGACUAAUAUAUUUCUAGAAAAAUUAUAUUAUCGCUUCCUUUUGUCAUGUCACAAAUAGCAGCUAAAUUAAGCUGCUGGAAACUAUGACAAGGGAAGAAGGCAUUAAUUAAUCUGUACAACAGUGUUUGUCACAUUAAUAUAUUCCUUUUUAAAUUCUGAACUGGUUUAAAUAAUUUUUGUAGAGUGCUCAACUUUUCAGGAACGAUAAAUAGUAUGGUGGGAUUGUAGUUCCAGGUAUAUGCUACAGCGCUGUUUCAUUUUCGUAUUAUUUAAUUUAAAGUCAAUAGUAACUUGUUAACAUUAGUAUAAUAUUGUCAGCAUGUAAAAUUAAAGUUCACAUACUGUAAUUGCCUGAGAAGUGUGGUCACCUUUACACCAUACAAAAGAGACCUGUAGCAAUAAAGCAAAGUAUAGGCUUUGGAACCCCAUUUCUAUGGUGAAAUUAUUAUAUUCCUGUUAAGCAUACUUCACUCAUCUAUACAGGGUAGCUUAAUAAGAUCAAAUGGCCCUCUCCUUGCUUUUGUUUGACUUGCUCAACAAAGACCUUCAGCUUGACAUCUGAGCUAAAGCAGGGAAGGCCAUCUGUUCUUACAGGCCACUUCUUCCAAGGGCACAUUUUGAUCUUGUAAGCAUAAUCAAUCAUAAAAGGCAGGCAUUCUCCAAUAAUAUGUCAUCUCUUGUUUUGCUUCUUAUUUCAGGUGGAUUUUGGUCUGGCAACAAGAUGGUCAGAAUAUACUUUCAUUUACCUCUACGAAAUGUUCUACAAAGCCGAAGUUCUUAAAAAUGAUCACAAUUUUUUCAGACCAGUUAGUCAACUUAAAACUUCUGUUAUAGUUUGGUAUCUUCUAAACCCAGUUCCUCCUUCUCAAAGUGUUAGCCAUUUAACAGCGAGCCAAGCAAAGUCAAUAUGGGGAUUAACAGAUGAAGAGUUAGAAUCAAAUUACCAUGAAUCAGAUAGAGGUAUGUUCAGUUAAUUCUGUGAUAAGUUCUCUUUUGUUAUUGUUGGAGAGUAUACAAAUGUACAUCUAUACCAGUUGAAUUAAGACCCUUGAAAUUCUGCAUUGCCAGAAUUCAAGUAUGUUGUUGUCCAUUUCCUACAAGCUACAAUGUAUAGGAUGAAUACCAGUAGUGUCUUGAUGACCCCUUUUUUCCAAUUUUUUUGAGUGGGGCAUUUUUAACUGAAGCAAAAAUGUGCUAAGUGGUUAAAAAAUGAAAUGUAUGUGCUCCUUUGGGAGAUUGUCCUUGUAAUAGCAUUCUGAGUGGCAUUAAAAAUUCAUACCAAUAUUACCCUCUGAAAAGCUUCCAAAUGUUACAUUUGGAUAAUUUAUUAUGAUGUCUCUGAGUUUUCCAUUUGUUUCACUUGCAGGGAGAGAUAUUCACGAGGACUUCCCAUCUAAUUACUAUGAAUGGACUAGUUUAUACAAACUUUUUGUUAGGAAACAUGGAGGAAUUAGGCAAAUGCAGACUUAUGUUCUCAAGAGAUGCCUGAGAAAUCGACAAGCUCUUGAGGAGCACUUUCAACUUUCUUUGCAUUCUUCGCGGCAACAGAAGUGGUAUCAGUUUUUAGAGGACAGAGAUGCAGGAAAUAGGAAGGCACUAAAAGCAUUAACAGAGCAUAUGCCAAGAGUAACACACAGCUAUAUGCUUCACCAGGUACAUGGAAAAUUUAAAUCGGACCUUCUGGUGUACAACCAAAAGUGCCCACCAUCAAUAUCUUGAGAAAAAAUCUUAAAUUUCAUCAGCCUGCAUAUUGAUGUCUUAGCUUUGCCAAGGAAAUAAGGGAUAGGUGCAUGCAAGAUAAAAAUUAUUUUAACAAAGUUGGUAAUGGCACCACAGAAGAGGUUUUAAAAUUCAUAUGUUACACCAUAGAAUACAUACAACUUGAAUACCAAAUACAGUCAAAACCUGCUUUAUGGACAUACACUUAUGCAGACAUGUCAUUGUUACGGCCAGUUUUUUUUGUGCCUGGGAAAAGAAAGUCCUUACAUGUUCUGUAAAUUCAACCCACUUAAUACAGACACCCAUAUCAUCAGCCUGCAUAUAGAUGUCUUAGCUUUGCCAAAGAAAUAAGGGAUAGGUGCAUGCAAGAUAAAAAUAAUUUUAACAAAGUUGGUAAUGGCACCACAGAAGAGGUUUUAAAAUUAAUAUCGUUACACCAUAGAAUACAAACAACGUGAAUACCAAAUACAGUCAAAAUCCGCUUUAUGGACAUACACUUAUGUGGACAUGUCAUUGUUACGGACAGUUUUCUUUGUCCCUGGGAAAAGAAAGUCCUUACAUGUUCUCUAAAUUCAACCCACUUAAUACAGACACCCUGUUAAUACAGGUACUCUGUUUGUGUCUGUAUUAACGACGUUUGACAGUGGCUAGAGAUUCAGGUUGUCACAUUAAAAGCUCAGGAGACAUUGAUUUACAUUGAUUUUAUUGCUGCACUUCUUUGUUGCAAGCCAGCAACGUAGUGUUAAAAUAGGAAUAAAAAAACGUGUAGCCCAAAUCAAUUAGCUUCUUCUAACUAAAGACUGGUUAUAGCACAUGCGUGGGUGGGCAAGUGGGUGUAUCAGAGGUGGCCAUUGGGUGGGCACCUUUAUGUGACUAUAAACAAAGUAGUUCAUACUUACUGGGUUUGCAGGCUUGAAACUUAAAGGCAACACCAAAUGAAAUAAUUUUCAGUUGGUAGACAAUAUAAUGUUUUAUUUUAUCAACCCCCAAACAUUUGUGAGUCGUGAAUUUUCUUUGUCAGAACAGUCUUUGUAUUGCUAGGUGGAAAUACACAGUUUCUUAUGUAAAAACACCACUUUCCCAUAUCUGAAUUCCAAAAACCCUCACUUUUAAAAGGAGGCUAAGUGCAAAAUCUUCUUUGUGAAAAUGCUCUGUUUGCAUGAGAAUAAAAAAUACUUUCAUCUCAAUGGCCUUGAACUUAACCUUGCUUUGAAACAGGGGCUUGGAGCAAAUUGGAAAUAGUUUCUUGGUGACGGGAGGGAAUGUUUUUCUUUAGGUUUAUCAGGACGACAGUGCAGAAUGCAUCCACUGUACUUGUAUUCCGCGUUAAUGAAACUCACUGGUUUUCAAUUCUUUUUGUACCAGAUAACAGCAAUGUACAUAGAUGGACACCUCAAAGGUGGGUUCCAAACAGUCAAAGCAUACGCAGACUUUUGUGGAUAUUUCAAGAACUGGUUAGAUGCCAAGAGCAUUAAGCUGUGGGUACCUCGUCAAGGUGAACUAGUGGCUGAGGAUUACAGGGCAUGCCUUGAGUAUGUCAAUGGCGAGGUAUGUUGCAGUUUAUCAAGGAAGUUCUGAUAAAUAUUGUUUGUUGUUUUCCUCCCUUGCUUGUUUAGGUGAUCCAUGUUCUGAUUCAGCUGUAGUGAAUUUUUGUAACUUCUUCAUUUACUUUUGCUCUCCUUGCUUUUUUAUCGCUUGAAAAAAAAAUUGCAAAAAAAAGAAGUGACAAUCGUAGCGGUUCUUUAACUACACUCCAACAUCCUAAUAAGCAAGAACCCAAGAAUGCCAUUUCUCAUCUUUGUUAAUCUACUGUGUUAUUUACUGGUCAACAGCUAUCAAGACAUGCAGAGGAGAUUGAGUUAACUGUGAAUGAUUUCAUGAGCAAGGCUAAACCUUACAUUGAAAGACUUCAUGAAGUUUGGGUGUGGCAGAACCGCAAAGGCACUGCAUACAGAAAGGAACACAGGCCAAAUUCAGUUGUACGACGGCACAAGUGUUACAGGUAAAGAUCCUAGGACAGUAGCUAUACCGGACAUAAAUUCCCUGUUAAAUUACAUGGUUCGUACAGGUCAUGGAAAAUCCAGAAAGUUGUGAAAUUUAGGAAUAACACUUAGUCAUGGAAUGUAAUUGUCAUCCCUUAAAAGUCAUGGAAUACUAAAGCUGUGGUAAGUGGCUCAGUUACUGCCACUUGUUUGUUUCUUCAAGUUCCUUCAAAGUUUGUGUUGUGUCGAUUUGCUAAAUGGGUCGAUAAACACUGCUAAUGGCUAGCGAUAGUACAUUGUAUAUGACCUGCAGGAUGGCCAGUCUACUGUACUUUCUUCUCUAUUUACGACUGAGAAAAACGACUGGAUGGCUUUUUUUAUUGUAUUUUAGACAGUGUUGGCUAGGCAAGAUCAAUUUUAUUUUUGAUAGUCUGUUACCUCGGCAACAGUCUGUACUGUCGUAACUAAACAAGUGAAGAAGACAAAAUCGUUGUUUAUUUUUUAACUUGGCCUUUAUCAAUAUACUAGAAAUUUAGAUUUCAAGCCUGUUUGCAUAAAGUAUUAAAAAGCUAUUUACCCAUAGUUUGAAAUUUUUCUUUAAAGGCAUCGGUAUUUUCAAAGUGACGCAGACCCUACUCAUAGCCUAUUGAAAUUAUGUUGUUAGUAUUUUAAUUAAUGAGCCACUUGAGGCAAAAUGAAGUCAUCCUUUGCGUUCAGUAAUAGAGCCGCUCGAGUGUGUCAGUUCAAUUGCCUUUAUUCUUCACCAAAGUACUUGACUGUCGGCGCUCUUUCAGCUUAUUGUUGUUUCAGCCUCGGUUUUUUUAAAAAUUCUUUACAGAUGCUAGUUUACUUUAUCUCCAGUUUUCUCGUUAUUUAUCCUUUAAACCGUAAGAUCAAAAUUUGAAUUCUCAUUUGUUGCUCCUAAUCAUUUUCUACAGAAGUAGUGGGGAGAAGUUGAUAAAAUAUCAAGCAAAUUCAUCUUGUGUGGUCAUGUCCGUAAUUCUCAUGACCACUCUGUUUUACAAAGCGUUGAUAUUACAAGGAGAAAUUAGGUGCUGAUCUCACUUAGGGUUUUUUUAAGGGAAUUCAGUUGUAAAAUUGCCCUGCUUUGACAGCUAGUCCAGAAUUGACUUUAAAGGAACUUUGUCAUAGUUUGUAUUUUAUGAUCCGUGUUAAUUUCCAUUACCCACUGGAAAAAUAUACAAACCCUGCGCUCAAUAUUCGUUACUUCCCUAAGAAAGCAUUGCCACAGUUUCUCAAGAAACUAACGUUUUUAUUCAUUAGUUCUUAUAGUUCACUUUUACUUCUCUUCUUCCGUUUUACUAAAGAUAAUUUGUUCACUGUCAAAUGAUGACUUGUAACAACUCCUGACCUGACUCUUUUGAAAUAUAGCGAAUUUUCUGCUCUGCAGGACCUUCUGGAAGCCUUUUGUUCGAUGUCUAUUGUUUCUAUUUGAAGCAACUGUGCUUUUGACGCAUUUGAGCGUUUUUCUCACCCAAGUCUUUUAAGUGCUUUGGCGGCAGAGUCUUGGUGUCUCGCAUUAGCACAUGAUCAACAAACACUUAUAUUGUAUUCUUACUCGUUAGUUCGUCACUUGAACAUAUUUGCUUUCGGUCGUGUGCUAAACAAGUAAGAUCACAAAAACCUUUCUCAAGCACCCCCUUGAGGUUAACUGAUCAGUAUUUCAAUUUAUGAUCCGCGAUAUUCGGGCUUGUGGGAAGAGAUUGGGACAUAAUUAGCUAUAUUUUUAAGCCACAUGCACAACAUUGCCACAUAGCCGUCAUAACAAUCUUUGAAUAUCAUUUGGACAUAGAAAUGCCUUAUAGUGUGGUUAAGAACUGCUCCCGGCUAUAGACUUAUAUCCCUUCGCAGAUAAUGCGUUGAAGCGUAGAGAUUACAGAUUUACAUUUACGAUUGAAUCAUUUCUGAUCUCGCAUUUCUGUUUUUUCAUUUCACCGAUGCUUAUUUUAGUUUAGUCUUUGUCAUUCUCAGACAAUGGAAAUAAAUAUCAGGCUAUAUUUUGAAAAGACUGUGUCUGUAUUUGGACAUAAUAUAUCUGCAAGUCCAAUUCCUAAUAUCGUAUCAUAAAAGCGAAACAAAACGUAACAGCUAUUGAUGUUCUUGCUUUUAGAGGCCCGAUAUUUGAGUUAUUGCUUGAGAUUGUUUUCCUCGUCACGUCCUCGACUACGUUAGCUGUGAAGUUUAAAAUAUCGAAGGAGUUUUAAAUAUUUAAGGAAUGUCAGCCUUACUGUUUUUUUUUUCGGGUAACCGAGUCAUGUUUUUCGUGUUAAAAAAAAGUUCUCUGUACACCAAAUCGAACCUAGCCAUAAUAUUGUGAUGAUAAUUGAACAUUUUAGUACUAACGAGAAAACGGCUACUUUUUUCUUAGGAAAACGUGAAAACUGUACAAAUUUACAAGUCUGUUAUAUAAUCUGUUAUAUUCUUUAAUACAAUGGAACCCCGUCGUUAUUACGGCCACUUUUUUGGCCGCCCGGCAAAAACGACCAUACAUUUUCUUGUAACGAAACCCUCGUUAAUACGGUCAUCUCGUUGUUACUGCCAAAUGUUUUCGGCCUAUUGGUGACCGUAUUAACGGGGCUCCACUGUACUGGAAAACAAACGGUUUAUGUUUCCUGCGAAAGUAUCCUACAGAGGUCAAAGGAAGUAGGACGUGGCUCAAAAGUUAGAACUACGUUUAACAUGUCGCCAUAUUAAAGAAAGUGCUAAGGCGUUAGGCAUAUUAUAGAGUGAAAAUAAGUGUGUCCUUGUAUUUGGCAAACAGGAACAAAAAAUAGCGUAAAAAGUAGACGUUUUGGCGUCAUCGUAACGCCAUCAAGGCUUUUUAGGCUUUUAAGUACGUGUUUCUGUUUCGGUGAAUCUCUGUAUUUGUUGUGCAAUAUACGCCACUUUGUUGUUACUUUGAUUUUUGAAGUAUUACUCAGCCUCAAGCAUUUUCCACUUUUUCGAAAUCACUCAAAAGUCGUUUUGUUUUCCUCUUUCUUAGGGAAUUUCUUGAGAAGGGAAAUCUCGAAGACUUCACUCGACUGAAGAUGUUUUUUGAAAGGAAAGAGAUCGUGGUAGCUUGGUUUAAGGAUAAUAGCUGGCUUCACACGCUGCUUGGAGACUAUGUUAUGAGGCCGCUUAGACCGGCCUGUUUAUCAUCUGAUAUAUCUUCCUCCCACUUCUCAGCUGACUGUGUUUCAAGCUUGGUUCAAAGGUAAGACACUCGUGCUUGAAUUUCGUUCGUAGUCUAGGAUCACUCAUCAAUCAAUUUUGACGAAGAGAGGUGAAAGAAAAAAAAACGAAAAUAACUGAAAGAAAAGUGAAUGCGUCUCGAAAUGUACUUUUCUAUUUUCUCAAUGUAAACUGAAAGAAACCGGCGUGAAUCGGCGGGCGAGCGCGAUUAGUUCACGGACGCACUUGAGUGGUCUUCACGCGCGCGCGUUGAUUUAAUAAAAAUACGGCAGAAAAGAAAGCGGACAAUCCAGUUUCGCGGACUAGACAGCCACGCUUCUCGCGAUUUGAGUUAACGGAGAGAAUUUGAUGCCCGGAGAUGCAACGUGGUCGGGUUUAAUAUUCAUUGUGGACGUUUUUUUUUUGUUUGUGUAAUCUUGUCGGUAGCACACUUUUUCGUAGCCUCAGGUGCGGGCGGAUCUGUUCAUCAAUUCUUGUUGAAGUAUGAACACAGUUGAACAAACACUAAUGCCGCUAAAAUUGUUUUGGCGUCUGGUUUAAUUAUUCUUUUCACAAAAAAAGCCAUUUGUCUUGAUCUUGUAAAGAGAGCAGAAAAAUGAUUGCCGACCACUUCAAGUGGUGCGAUUUUGGCUUCGGUUUUGCAAAACUCUUUUUCCUUUUGUUUAAAUCGGAUAUUGCUCAAAGCUUAGUCAACUUAUACUUAGGGCCUCCAAAACAAGAGUUUGAUUGAACCUGUUUCCGCUGCGAGUUUUGGCGGUUUUCAUUUGCGCUAAUCCUGCACUUCUUGUGCGGAACUGAAACUAUAGCAAUGAUAUUAGGCACUUGUUGUGGGUUUUAUGUUACUCGCCGCCACUAGGAUUUGUGGUUUCCUUUAGGACCAAGAAAAGCCUUGCCGAUUAUAAUUGGUAGUGGCCUUCUAAUGACCACUUUCCCCGCCUAAAUUGUCUUUAGGCAUUUUAAGAUGCCACGACGGCAACGGCCAUGAAAAUGUCGCUUUUAAAAAGAGAAUUUGCGUUUUUUUAAAAUGUCUAUCCCGUUUAUUCCAACUCGCUUACUUUUUCAUAUGCAAGCGAGCUCUUUUGGAGCCGAAUUCCUUAAAACCGUCACUUACGUAUGUCCUCCAUAAAAGGUGAAAUGCGGCUUUUUCACGUCGUUGUCGUGCAGUGACAGCAUCGAAAUGUACAAAAAAGUGUGAUGCACGUGCAAAGCUGUUGCAUUUUUCACGUUCCCUUUGCCGUCGCCAGCGUUGGAAUCUUAAACUCCCAAUUAUUUGAUAUCGCCCUGUUUUGAGUCCCCUAAUGGCAAGUCUGUUUCGUUUCAGGUUUUUGGAGACGGGUUAUCGCUCGGACUUCAACAAAAUCCGCAUGAAAUUGUCGGAAAUGGCGAGUGUUCAGCUGCAAACCCUCGUGCGCAAGUCACGGCAGCUGCGAGACUCGAUUCAACAAGACAUGAUGAAGGAGGACUGUGUGUAUGUCAGCGAUUACGACGACAGAAAUGUCAUGAACUUUUUUGGCGGUGAUCAUUUUGAAUAUGGACGAAGGAUCGAAGUGGUUACCUUGGAUUAGAUUACAAACUAAAUCGCAACGCGUAAUAAUUCGUACGGUCGUUUCGCUUGCGAGUCGUUUCGCCCACGUCCUGUUCACUUACGUUUCAACUGCUUUUCGCUAACGUGUUAGGUAAGUUCGGCAACUGCUUUCGCCUGAUCAAUGACUGAAAGAACGAGUAUAUACAUACUUUUCGUACCAUGGCUGAGAGAACGAGGUAUCUACGUAAGCAGCGCUUCUUACGCGUAACGACAUAAGACGUUAGCGAACGGGAUGUUAACGAAACGACUCGUAGGCGAAACGACCGGUCACAGUAAUUAGUGUAUUCCCGUACUUCCUUCUUACCUUACUCUUGCCUGUAAGAUCAAGUUAAACAGUAAAAGCCCGCGAUUAAGAACCCACAUUUUACCAAGUUAGCCUAAACAGGCUCUUACAUGGAUGGUAAUUAGCACAAAUUUUGGCUAUUUAGGUUCUUGAAUAGGUUCUUAUUUUUUGAAGGAAAAAAAACAUUGUCGCUAAGAGUAUUUAGUGGUAUAUUCAGUUUAUUCCUUAUAAAUUAUAAAAUCUGCAUACCGUCACCCUGCAGUUGGAGUGAUAAGACAUCUAUGUCUCCAAAAAGGAUGCUGAAUGUUGACUUAUCUUAUUUGCCAAAGUGAACAGAAUUUUUUUUUUCUAGAUUGAAGAAAAUUAGAACCUGUUUCAAAUUUUAGGCUAAACAGGCUCUCGUGUAAAGGGUGCCCAACUGGCAAAUUUUAACCUAAACCAGGUUCUUAGUCGCGGCUUUUUACUGUACAUAGCUGUAUAACCUGUGUUCAAUGCGCCUUUGGGGUUUCCUGAGGUGGAGUCCUGUUGCUUAUUCAGGGUGCUGUAACUUCAUUCACACUCUUGCGGUUUUAGUUCUUUCGUUGAAAGAAACGUAACUUUAUAGUAGGAAAUAGAACUGAUUGCUUUUUUUCCAUUUUGUUCAUAAUUCUAUGUAUAUUCAGUUUGAGAAUUAACAAAAGUUUUUUAAAUGUUCCAGUCAA